AUGAGCUUCUUUGAGCUUCUGGAAGGUGUUGACCAUUCCAAGAUCGAGAAGUCGUCCGUUGGAAGUGGAUACCGGGAGAUCAAGAGCCCCUUUCAUCGUUUUGUGGAGGAUAACCUCUACCCUGUCUUCAUCGUGCUUCCGCAAGUGGAGUUCCGUGCCUACGUCCUCUUUGGCCUUACCACCAGUGCCUUUGCUGGCCACGUCGGUGGCGGCUACGGGCUCGGCCAAGGCCUUGGCUACGGUCUUGGUUACGGACUGUCUAGCUACGGCUUAUCCCAUGGCAUUGGCUACUCUGGCCUUACCGGCUACGGCCUUGGUUACGGUUAUGGCCACACCCCGUCGGUUGCCCGCACUGUGUCCACCUACCACGCUGCCCCAGCCGUUGCCACAUACUCUGCUGCUCCAGCUGUCGCCAAAGUCGCUACCUACGCUCCUGUUCCAGUAGCCACUUACGCUGUUGCCCCAUCAGUCGCCAAGGUUCACACCUAUGCUGCAGCCCCAGUCGCAACCUAUGCUGCUGCACCAGCUGUGACCAAGGUUGCCACCUAUGCUCGUGCCCCAGUGGCCACCUAUGCUGCUACCCCAGUCGCCACCUAUGCUGAUGCCCCAUCUGUGACCAAGGUUGCCACAUAUGCUCGUGCCCCAGUAGCCACCUAUGCUGCUGCGCCAUCAGUUGCCAAGGUUCACACAUAUGCUGCUGCCCCAGUGGCCACCUAUUCGGCUGCCCCACCUGUGACCAGGGUUGCCAGUUACGCUCGUGCCCCAGUCGCCACAUACGCUGCUGCGCCUGCUGUCACCAAGGUUGCGACUUACGCUGCUGCUCCAGUAGCCACCUACGCUGCCACCCCAUCUGUGGCCACUGUUGGACACGCAACUCCACCUUUCGCUGCCUACGCUGCUGCCCCAGUUGUGAGCACUAUUGCUCACGCAGCUCCAGCAGUUGCCACUUACGCUUCCCCAGCUGUCGCUGCCUACGAGGCUGCUCCAGCCUAUUACAGCUAUGGCGUUGGCACUCUCGGAUACGGUGUCGGGCACUAUGGCUACGGCCACGGUCUCCUUGGCUACGGCCUGAACUACGGGUACGGUCUCGGCACCCCGUACCAUUAUGGUGCCCUUAUCCGCAGGAUGUUUCUGCAACUCGAGGACUGA